AUGGAUUGUGGCGUUCAAACGCGAUCCAAAGACAAAGUGUUGCCAUUGCCGGACCUCAUAAACGACACAGAUCUGCUAGAUUCGAUUGGAUUUUCGGACUUGCCGGUUUCACUGUCCUCCUUUUUCUGCCUAAUUUGCGAUGAGCAGCAUCCAAGCGAAGACCAGAUACGUUCGCACUACACGUCGCAUCUCACAGACAAGACAUUCGAGUGCCCGGAUUGCGCAACGGUGAUCGAUGACUUGGAUUAUUUCUUGGAGCAUGUCGAUAAUUGCGGUCCCUUGCCGGAUUUGGGACAAACAACCGAUAAAUUGCACGAACUAAAGCCGUUGCACGAAGUCCCACAGAAGCAAAUAAGUGACUCAGACUAUGAAUCACACCUUUCUACCGCAUCAAAUACGGAUGCAACGACAAAAGAAGAUGAAAUUGAUACAAAACUCACGUCAGACAACGAAAAAACCGAAUUGGAAGAGUAUCAAUGCAUCUUGUGUGUGACGACAUUCAACAGUAAAGCCUCUUACAAGCAACACAUCGAAAGCCAUGGCACCGUAUUUGAUGAUCUCAAGCUAAAAUGCAAGCGGGGACGACGCGAACGUCCUUUCAAGUGCGAACUUUGCAGUAAUUCCUUCAGCAGUUCGACAUCGUUGCACUUGCACAAGCAAAAAAUCCAUCUCGGCUUGAAUUUCGAGCAAGAAGGCAACGAAAAUCGUCAACAUCAACCGGCGCAAACGGCUGACGGGCCUUUUGUGUGUGCCCUGUGUCAAGCACGAUACCCGCGAAAACGCGACUUGAAGAAACACAUCCUCUCGACGCAUUGUGUGGUGCCUGUGCAGUGCAAAUAUUGCUCGAAAUUGUUCGAUAUCGAGAGUCGCAUGCUGAAACAUGUUCAACGACACGAAGGUCCUUCGCCAAUUCCGUGCCCGGAUUGCAAUAUCCCCUACGCGUCGGUAGUUGAGCUGGAAAAACACAAAAAAUCCACCCACACGCCAAAUAAAUCGCACAAAUGCAAGGAAUGUGGCAAGUUUUUCACGAAAUCCAACGAUUUGUUGAAACAUACACGCAUCCAUUUGGGAAUUCGGCCAUAUUCGUGCUCGAUUUGCAACAAAUCCUUUACGCAUCAGACGAGUUUGAGGAAUCAUCAGGCCGUGCAUUCGGGAGAAAAGCCAUUUAUUUGUUCGUAUUGCGGUGCGAGCUUUAGUUACGCGGGAAAUUUGAAAGUUCACAUCAGAUCGCACACGAAUGAACGCCCGUAUACGUGUCACGUGUGUAAUAAGACUUUUGCACGCACGGCAAAUCUCAAUGAGCAUUUAAGGACACAUACGCAAGAGAAACCGCACAAAUGUGACUUUUGCGGGAAGCAAUUUACGAGCAGUAGUACAUUGAGUAAGCAUAAGAAGACGCAUUCAGGGGUCAAAAAUCACGCGUGUGGCGUAUGUGAUCGACGUUUUACGGAAAUGGCGCAUCUUUCGAAGCAUUUGAGGAUUCAUACAGGCGAAAAACCCUACAAAUGCAACGUUUGUUUGAAAGACUUUCGACGAUCAGAUACGCUCAAAGUGCAUUACAAAACCCAUCUGAAGCCCAGAAAAGGCGAUUACGGCGACGUUCCGCCUCCAUAUUCGACAAUUCAAGUGCCAAUGGAACAAAUUGACGUUCCGUACCAUCAUCACACAGAACAGCAGCAACAAAAUCAUCAACAACAAGAAUUACCGGUGUUGGAAACGGUUGAUUACUCUCAAAUGGAGUCUCAAAUAAUGGAAGAUUUGCCAUCGUACGAAAUUCAAAGUACGCUACAAGACAUUACGAGUUACGAGAAUUCGAUACAGUCAAAUGUUAGUUUCGCCUUUUGGACAAAUGAUGCGUUCAAUGAACAAAUUACGACAUCGGGCAUGACAACGUCAAUGAUAACGGAAUUGUAA